GGCUAUUUGUGUUUCUUUCUCACUCUAUAUGGUCUAACAUAUGGAUCUAUUACUAAAAAGUCCUCCAGCUGAUUUCCACCCAUGUAAAAUUUACAUGUUAUUAAUUUACACUAAUCUGAUGCACACCCCUUGCCACACUUCUCAACACUGUUAAAAAAGUUGUUCAAAACAUUGUUCAGGAGUAAUGUUGGUGGCUUGAAGUUGAACCCCUAUUUAGAGUAGUUUUUGCUUACCUACAAAGUCCUCACACUAGAUGGAUGAGAAAUGAAACAAGUUAAUGAAUUUGCAAGUAUUUAAGGAGCCAAUAUGAACAUUAUAUCACUUCAUGUUCAGAACAAUAUGAAGAGAAUCAAUAUCUUUAAUUCAUUAACUCUGGCUCUGACAUUUCUUGCAUUUGUGCAGAAAACGGAGAGCCAUAUCGGGCCACCGGUUAUUCACCUACCACCGCCCUCUCUUCGCCCGCUCUGUGGACCUCAGCUAACACUAGUAAGCUAUGCUUGUGGAAUGUUAUCUUUCACUCGAGGAUCACCUCCUUCUCCAACUCCGCCCCCAUCCUUUCCUUCAUCCCUAGAUAACGACGAAGGACAUCAGGGUCACCACGACGAAGGACACCAGAAUCACAACCAUACACACGGACAUAGACACAGACGCAGACACCAUAGGACCUCGCAAGAAGAUAACUGUUGCCGGUGGGCUAGAGACAUAGACAGCCGGUGUGUGUGUGAGAUUCUAGUUAAGUUGCCUCUUUUCCUCACAAGACCUUUGCAUGAAUACACAGUGGUGAUUGGAGAAUCUUGUACGGUCACUUACUCAUGUGGAGGACCAAUAUGAUGGAACAAAACAAAAUUACAAAAUGGUGUAGUAGUGGAAAAGUGUAGUAGUGGAAAAGAAUCUGAUGUUGUGUGUUUGGUAUAAUUGGUUGAAGUUGUGGUUAUCUUUUCUUAUUCCUAGUCUUGUUGUUUAGCUAGCUGUGUUGUUCAUUGUUUGACUUUCCAAUUUAGUUAUAUGAAAACCAUGUUUACUCUCUAUAA